GAUCAUUUCCGGUGAGGAAGUUUGUCCGAUCAAAACAAAUGUUAUUAGCUCGUCGCUGAAACAUUUUUGCAACUUUCAAUGAGUUUAAUUUUAUUUUAAACCCACAAUUUUCGCAGUUACUCAUCCGCAACCUGUGUAUCCAUGGAGACGCCAGAGCCAGGCCCAGCAGAUGGAGAGGAGCGUCUGGUGGACCUGCGACCUCGAACACGCUCCAACCCUGAAGGUGCUGAGGACCGUCGCAGCAGCACGGGCAGCCUCGGAGGAAACAGUAACCCCAACAUAUCUCAGCCUGCUGUGGGAAGUCGCGUCGAGGGGGAGGGCGAGGCCUCGACCAGCGACAGUCCUCCCAGUUCCACCACCACUACGGUCUCGACAGCUGCAGCUCAGACUGUUGCCCCUGUUGCAGUAGCAUCAGCAGCGGCUGCAGCCAGCGCCACAGUACCGCUGUCCACUGCUGCUGUUGCGGCCAAAGAGAGGCCGAAGCCCACACAGCAGCAGCAGCAGCAGCAGCAGCCCACGUUGACAGCGUCUGUGCCUCCACCAGCAGAGUACCAGCUCAGAGUUCCCCGUGUCAACUGUCCAGAGAAAGUGAUCAUCUGCUUGGACCUUUCUGAAGAGAUGUCUUUGCCAAAGUUGGAGUCCUUUAAUGGGUCUAAAACAAAUGCCCUGAACAUAUGCCAGAAGAUGAUUGAGAUGUUUGUCAGAACUAAACACAAGAUCGACAAACGGCACGAGUUUGCCUUGGUAGUAGUCAAUGAUGACGCUCUGUGGUUGUCAGGCUUCACCUCUGACCCCAGGGAGCUGUGCAGCUGUCUGUAUGACCUUGAGACCAAUGUGUGCGAGUCCUUCAACCUGGAAGAUCUUCUUAAUGUAAUUCGUCAGAAGAUCGAGCUGCCGUCGAUGGAGAACGUUCAGACCAUCCCUCCUCCAUUUGUGGUACGGACUGUGCUCAUCUACAGCCGUCACACUGGACAGCUUCAGUUCAACCCUUCUGAGGCUGUUGGUAAAAUGCUGCAGUCUCCAUAUUUUUUCUUCGAUGUGGUCUACCUACACAACGGGGUGGAGGAGCAGGGAGACGAGACCAGCUGGAGGGACAACUACACCUCUUUCUGCAACCUGGACUCAAAGGGCAUGUGCUAUCGCUUUGAGGUUUCCCUGAGUGGACCUGCCAUCGAGCUGCACAACUGCAUGGCCAAACUCCUGGCUCACCCUUUACAAAGACCUUUCCAGAGCCAUGCCUCUUACAGCCUUCUGGAGGGGGAAGACCCCCAAGACACUGAGGCAACAGUUUAAAACAGCACACACUCAUGAAGCCUCUCUUUCUCUGAGAAGUUCACACACUGUCACAAAAGAGCAAGUACACCUUUAGUACUGAGGGUUUUUUUCCAUUAACUGCUGUAGAGCAAUAAAAGUAGUAGUAGUACAUAGUUCUAAAGAAAGAGAGUGUUUCAGAAGGUUACUUUUAACUCAGUUGUCAUAUUUCCUGAUUCACUGAUUUCUCUAAGCUGGGGAGUAAUAAAAUGUUGUCUGUAAAGCUGCUGGUCUCCUGGGGUUGAAGUGGAUGUCAGAGUCCAGGAACAGGACACAAGUAGAAGGAGAAGAUAAAGAAUUUAAAAAAUUGUUAAAGCAUCAGGAUUAGUUAAACUAACUCCCUCAUCGUUUGUUUUUUUUCUUUCAAAUCUUAGACCACGCUGAUCUGUCUGUAAGUCUUAUUGUGUGAAAUCAAUGCAAACCUGUGGCAGUUUUUUUUUUGAGACUUAUGAACUGUAAUACAAUGGCACAACUUCUGUAACAUUGCCUUUCCUUUUAGUUGGUCAUUUUCACCUUUUGUUGCCUGUUUUUAAUGUAUUUUCUAUUUUGUAAGUGGUUUUUUUUUUCCAAUCAUUUGUUCAUUUGUCACUCUUGUGUGUUACACAGACAAUGAAAGAAUGUAUAGUAAAGUAGAAGUGGCGACUCUUUUGAUGGAUUGAUUGUGAAAAAAGCCCCUCAUACUGCCAGUCUAACUGACACUGUACAGAUGAGCUUUUUAAAGCUUAUUUCUGGAUAUUAAAAACAAAAGGCAUGUUUAAUCAUA